UAGAGCUGCAGUAAGAGCCUAUUAUAAUGUCCUCAGUUCACGAGAAUUAUUUUCCUCUGCGUAAUUUCCAGUCUCUUUUUCUCCCGUGUAACUUCAUUGUCGGCCAACCUUUUUUCUGUCUUCUUCCCAUACUUUUUUCCUUUUUCUUUCUUUUUUUUCAUGUAGGCAAAUAUACAGGCCGGCGCUGCAAUUUCGGAAUCUGCCCUUGUAUAUGGCGGACGAAAUUUCUACAGGAGGAACCGCAACACAAACCCUCUGUGCAAGGCAGAAACGGAGAGCCUGCACGGACUGUGUAAACCUCGGAAAAUUCAUGAUUCAUUACGCCAUUACUCUUUACUAAAAUGUAACGUAGCUUGUCGCGGAGGAAAAAAAGGAUGUGGUGAAAAUUUUCAACAUUUGGAAUUUCUCAUAACUAAUUUACAAUUUUUUUUUUUGGAGGGAGCAGUUGUGCAGUCACCUCUGGUCGGGGAGGGAAGAUUUCUGGAGCGGGAGCCUGUUUCGCAUGAGCUGCAUCGUUUUUGGAGAAGCACGGGCUCAGAGGAGGUGGAGUCAUGAGUGCACAAGAGGCACCCAAUCCUGGGAAGGAGCAGGCAGGCGGUGGGAGUGCAGCCCCAGAUGGCCCCUCACCAACUUUAGCCCCACAGUCCACGAGUACUAGUCCACCACCUGUCACAGUAAAGAAAGAGCCUGGGACCUUGGAGACGAGUAACGGGAAAGUGGGUGAUGCCAACCCUGCUGAGAUCUGUGUUGUCAUUGGAGGAAAUGAUGGCGGAGCAAGUGGAGUUGGAUCCCGUAGAGCUCAGCCCGAGGGUAUGUUUGCCCUUGGUACUCCUCCUCCAACGAAGAGCACAGACUCAUGCAUAGGUUCCUAUGUAUGUGGGGUGUGUGGGAAGAAGUACAAGUAUUAUAACUGCUUUCAGACACACGUCAGGGCACACAGAGAAUCAGAGAGCAUGGUUGGAGAUGGUCUACCCCAGACACCCAACAAUAGCUUCCGUUACUCCUGUGACAUCUGUGGCAAGAAGUAUAAAUACUACAGCUGCUUCCAGGAGCACCGUGACCUGCAUGCAGUUGAUGAUCCAUAUGAACAGGUCGUGUUACCUGUGGAUGGCCUUAAAGAGGAGGAGCCAGUUGAACCCUACCAGAAAAUUGGACCAAGGGGAAAAGCACUCGCCCACCUCCGCAGAGACCGCGGGUUCAACCGACGGCAGCGGGUGUCCCUUCAAACACAAUUGGCAGUGUUAGCAGAAACUGGGAGCUAUGUUUGUGAGUUUUGUGGGAAGCAGUACAAGUAUUUCAACCCAUACCAGGAGCAUGUUGCUCUUCACACACCAAUGGGCUCCUUCGAUAUGAAGGCAUCACGGGUACAGGAAUGUGGUAGCAUGGAUAUGAGUAAAUUUGGCCACAGUCAAACUGACAGUCCAUUCAGGCGGAAACUGGAAAGUGCAAUUCAGUCUAGUCUGGUUGACACAAACAGCUCGCAGAAUUCAAGCGGAACUCCGAGCCCUCUGGUGGCCACCUCCUUCUCUACAACCCAGAAACCCUACACAUGUGGUGCCUGUGGCAUCCAGUUCCAGUUCUACAACAACCUGCUGGAGCACAUGCAGUCCCACGCUGCGGACAAUGAGAACCACACCAAAGUGGACUCUCCCAAAAGCUCCUCAGCCUCUGGUCCUCAAGAGCAGCUGUGGAGAGGUGCUCAGGCUCAGGCCCAGGCUCAGACCCAGGCCCAGGCUCAGACCCAGGCCCAGGCUCAGACCCAGGCCCAUUCCUCAGUUAAACUACAAAUCCAGCCUCAAAGUAUCUCCCAGAGAAACCACACUCUUAGCCAGAAUAAUGGACUACCUGAGAAGGAGCGACAGCAGGUGGCUGAGCGCCUCUUACGGGUAAUGUGUUCAGAUCUGAGCAUGCUAAACGUGCUCAACAGCAAGGACUUCCUGAAGUUGGCACAGACCCUAGUGGAUACGGGUGCUCGUCAUGGUGCCUACUCCACCCGUGAUGCUUUUGGCAAUAUGAGUGCCUUGGCACUGCGCCAGCUGCCCCGCAUGUACAACCAAGUCAAAGUCAAAGUCACGUGUGCCCUAGGCUCCAAUGCUUCACUUGGCAUCGCUGUCACGUGCCACUCUCAGACAUCAGGCCCAGAUGCUUGCUAUGUUCUAACAGCCUACCAGGUGGAGGGGUCAAGACUGAAACGCUAUGUGCUCGGCGUGAGGGAGGCUGAGCUGAGGGAAGGGCCUGAGCAGGUUCACCACUGGGUGCAGAAUGUGCUGUCUGAGUUUGUGAUGUCAGACAUUCGCACCGUGUAUGUCUCCGAGCCCAGAGUGUGGGCAGCAGGAUUUGCUGGAUCACCACUUGGUGGUGGUGGGCGGGGCCGGAUAUGCUUGCGAUGCGCGGGGUGUUCACUCGGUGCAGUUGUCCAGGCCGUUCUUGGGAAGCGCAGCCUCCAGGCUCGAGGUCUUCAUGAGUUGGCUGAGCUUCUCUCAACAUGCAGAGAUAUUGCCUCCUCCUCCACGCUGUCCCUUCGUGAGGAACAGUGCACCAACACAUCCACAAGCACAACUGAAGAAGGUACACAGGGCAGCCCUGCACAAUGCCCCACCCCUCCUUGCUGGGAUCGUAUGGCCGAAGCUCUUCUGCAGGUCCAUGCUCACUUUGAACAAAUUUGCGAGGCUUAUGGACGCAGUAAGGCCACAGCUCCUCUCCUCCAAGGUCUCAACAAGCAUCUGCUAGGGACGCUGGCUUGUCUGCUGGCCCCUCUGCGUCUGGCAGCUUUGGAGCUGAGCAGCCAGAGGAGACCAACCUUACAGCAGGUGCUGCCCGUCUACCUACGCUUGGAGAAGUUUUUCACGUCCAAAGCUGGAGAAGCUGGAACUGGUACGGCUAGCAAACUCUGCCACUACUUCCUAGAAGCACUUAAGGAAAACUUCAAGGUUGAACGAGCCCACCAGGUAGCCAUGGUCCUGGACCCACAGCUCAAGCUGCGUUCAGUGCCGGCCUACCAGCAUGAAGACAUAAUCUCCCGUGCAUGUGAAAUGGCUGCUGAAACCAGGGAUGGAGGGAUGACUGGUGGUGGAGGUUCAGGUGGCGAAGAGCGGGACACUGAUGGCCCACCAACCCCUAAAAUAAGCCGCAUAGAGGGUGGGGGUAACAAUGUUGGCACCUCAAGGGGGACCUCCUCAUCUUGCACAGUGUCUGGUAAUGAUGAGAGUCAGAGCCAAGUUAGACAAGAGAUUUUUAAAUACCUGGCGGAGCCUCUUCUCCAAGGCACACCUGACCUCUUCCAGUACUGGAGCUCAGCAGUGGGUGAGAAGUUCCCCAGGCUUGCUCGCCUGGCACUGUGGCUCCUUGCUGUGCCUGCUGUAGGCAUACGGAGUGAGUGUGUGACUGUGUGUGAGCAGAGUCUGGCUAUGAAGAGGAGGCAGCAGGUAACCGCCGAGGAGAUGAACAAACUAAUUUUUCUUCGCUCCAACAUGGGCUAGGAGAGAAACCCAACCAACCAAACCUUCACCUCCAACCAAUGACUGAAGACUAUUAUUUAUAUACUGUAGGUUUAGACCAACUGUAAACUUAAAUGUGUAUGAACAUUAAUAUACUUCUUGAGACAGAUAUUUACAGGAAACUCACAUUGUACAGGUUGCAAACACCCAUAAAACAAUAUGGCCUAUUACAUAUUUUGUAUGGAGAAAGGACUGUUGUAAAGUACUCUGGACAAAAUGUAGGGGUGGAACGCUAACUCUCAAAAGAUUGUCCUGUUUGGUACGCCACCCUCGGUUUGGGAUGCACGUCUAAGCAGGAAGACUUUCGGUCUUAUCGCGACCAGUGAUUUGAAUUACUCCAGCCUAAUGACUAAACUGCUAAAAGGCUAUAAUGCUGUUAUUCUCACUGGAUGGCAACAUCAGGUAAAGUCAGCUUUCACUACUUGAACUUACUGUCAUAGACCUCUGAAAACAGUCCUACUAGAUUAGUAAAGAUGUCCAAGAGAUAUAUAGCAGUAAGUACUGUAGCAUGUACAGUAUGUUGGAGAAUGAUUAUUUUCAUUGGCGUAUGACAAAAAAAUUCAAGUGGUGAUUCCUCACUGCCAUUGCACCUCUGACAAUUAAGUGUUCUAGGUUUAUGAUUUACUAUCAUGUAACACUGAAAAUUGUAUUUUUCAACAUAUUCAGCCACGGGAGAUGGUCAGGUAACAGAGCUAAAUCAUUCCAGCUAAUUUGACGGUUGCUUCAGUGGCCUAAAAAUGUAGCUGUGGAUCAUUUGCAUGCACUGCACAGCAUGCAUUUUUCAUUCAAAAGGGUAAAAAACAGCUGAUAAAACAUUAAUAACGAUAAGAUGCUUUCCUUUUUGUUACAAAUUGUAAAGAAAAGUAAUCCGAUGGUUUGUUUUCUUUCUAAAAUUAACUCAAGAGGUCUUAUGCUGCUAGAUAUGCAAGUCAAACGGCUAGAUUUGCACAAAUCAUGAAGUUAGGUUGAAUAAAAUCAAACUUUUGGUUAAGUUUUCGUAACAAAUAUUUGUUUUUUAUAUGCACAAAGAGGACAGCAUCAUAUUAGAACCUGUUUGUGGUCAACUUUUACACUCAUUUCAUUCAGCCUUACUAUACUGUAGCUGGAUUGCACCAAUAGGGAAUUAAAUAACAAGUUGGAUAAAUAAAUCUUAUAUUAUCCUAAUACUUGAUGGUACAACCCAGCUUGUAUGUCAGUAACUACACAAUAAUGACAUCUAGAGGCCAUUUUGUCUGGCUUGAUGACAGUUUCCAGUGCUGGUAAUUCAGGAAUGUCAGUCAGCUCCGUGAAAAGAGACACCUACAGUCAACUAUAAGUUGCAUCAAUACACUUCUUUACACCGAAGACGUUUUGCCUGUGCAUUGUCAUCAAAUAUACAGCAGUAUGUUAUUAGCCAUCAGUUUGGUGAGCUCGUAGGCAAGGAUUUAAUUCAUAAUUAAUAAUAAGAAAUCCUUGUGUGGUCGCCCUGUGUGUGUGUGUGUGUAUUUGUUUUUUUUUUCCCGAAAACUUAAUUAGAAGCGACUUGUCCAUAGGAAAGUUAUUAUUUUAUUUAUUCUUCUUUCCUCAUUUAUCAUUCUAAUCUAAACAUUGUCUUCCUCAUGUGAGCUACAAAUGUCCAUUUUCAAGGCAAUAAGCUUUAUCAUAGGGCAUAGUUUCCAACUUCAUCUACUAAAAUAGACGCUCCUGCAGUUAAUUAUUAAUGGUAAAUUAUUUUCUGUUUGUGAAAUCAACGGGAUUUUCUCAGGAAGUGAGUGCACCCAAGCAGGCACAAUGCUUUUUCCUCACUGUACCGAAAACACACCAAACUGUGACCUCAAUGCUGAGGUCUGUACUGAACCACGACUUUUGUGAAACGUUCCACCCCAAAUACAGUUAGUGCCAUUUGCAACAAACGAAAAAAAUGGAUCACUGAGGGUUUUUUGUUUUUCAGGAUGAAGCAAAUUCUGCCAGUACAUUCACUCAAGUCAACACAUGCAUACUAAUGAAGUCAAGUUAUUUAUUUUUUUACGGAUUCUAGUAUACAUUUACAUGAGCUAAUACCUCCUAAAAUGACUUGGAUGAAUGGAAGUUAUACUGUAAAUUUGUUUGUUGCCUUUGGUACUAAUUAGUCAAGUACUAGUUUGUCAUCUCUGUUUUUGGGCCUUAAGUCACUUUCAUGCAAUCACCUUAAACCCUACAGUCAGAGCCAACACCAUGCCUUUUUGUUGCUGUUAAAUGGCCUUCUUUUCACCAUCUUUUCUAAAGCUUGUAUUUAUUUAUUUUUUGUUUGUUUGUGUUGUUUUUCAACCCUUGUAGACUCAAAGGGACGUGUGGCUGAUUGGAAACAGUAUCCUCUAGUGGUCAAAUGUAGACUUUUUAAAAUCAUUGACAACUGGUAUUUGACAAGUGCUUUGUUGCCAAAGUUGAACUAAGUGAACAUGUAUGCUUUUUGGAGUCAUCUUUUGGUUUAUGAAACAGGUCAGGAAUUAUUUCAACAACACACCCAAGCACAAGUAUUCACUGUAUAAACUCCUACUACAGAGUCUUUUCAGUAUAUUAGAAAUCACAUCUUCAAUGGGAGUCGUACCAAAGCAGGAAGAUAUAUCAAUACUGAUAUUGUGGUAUGAAACUUUCAUUUGGAUUUUGUUUAUCAAUAUUUGUGGUGCAGCUUAAAUAUUGUCUUUUGAUCCUAAAGGUCAAAUGCUCCACAUGAAUGAACAGGGAAUGUCUCCUCCUGCUUGGCCAGAAUUAACGUUAAUGUUUUAUUGCCAGAGGCUACACCAUCUACUUCAUAUUCAAAUAUUAAACACUAAUAGUCAUAACUGAAAAUAGCAUCCCAUUGUCAACAGUAAAAAACACGUUUAUCUCUUUUUAUCAUGUUUCCCAGCUUUAGGCCCCAGCACAACUUAAGUUACGGUUAAGUUACACUUCUGCCCCUUUGGUGUGAUAUCCAUGGAUCAGAGUUUACCUUUGUUCAACUUUGACCUCACAGAUGUGCCGAUCAGUAGGCACUCUGAUGACAUGUACUUGGAAAUUGAGAAGUCACUAUUCUAGCCCUGUGGCACCACCUUGUUUCACACAAUAUCACACUAACAGACAAAAAACUGCUGCAUCGCCCUCAUAGACGGUUUACAGUCAUUGCUCUGAUCAACAUUUAUUUAUGACCUGGGUCAGAAGUGUGACGUCAUGUCCUUUUUCGAGGCUGGCUGCGGCGCAGUUUUGUUAAACGUAAGGCUAAUGUGACUACUUUUAGGUUGAAAAGACACAGUAAGUACGAUGUGAGUCAUUGCACAUGCAAAAUUAUAGGGCAUCUGAGUGAAUGGUCAAAAGUGGAAAGCGAAGAACAGAUCAUGGUCUCACAAAAAUGAGAAUCUUUUUAGUCCACGUGAAUGCAAUUGGUGUCAGUUUUCAGCUAUAUGAUAAAAUAUGAAAAAAUGCAUACAAGGUUGAAAAUGCUUAAAUUAUGUCAGUCAGUCAAAGGUGAAUGGCUCUGCAUUGAAAACUGUUUCACAACUAUAUAAGAUGUUUUUUUAAUAGACUGUAGCCCUCCUUACCUCUAUCAAGAGCUUUGAUUUAGUGUUUUCAUAAAUGCUUUUCUCUCCUUAAAGAGUUACUUCACACCAGGCUGAAAAGCACUGUCCUGCUGUCCUCUCUGGUUGAAGGUUUCAAGCCUGUUUAACCUCUAGGUGUGGUCAGAAAUGUGCUCUGUUGCACCCAACAGCAAUGUCGUGGGGUCUUGGAGUACACCUGUACAUCACUGCAGCCAGGUGAGAAGUUAAACUACUGGAGGUCAGCAAAGACAUUUUGAGGGGGUGUUAAGUUAUAAUGGUUUUUCAAAAAUGUAUGUUUAUUUUUUAUUUUUUUUUUUUUUUUACAUUGAAAGUUAUUAUUAUGUCUGGGUUGGUUUGGUCUUAACAGUUUAUCCCUGCUUGGGGAGAAUGACGUCAUUUAGUGCAACCAAGAUGUACAUCAUUUCAUUGUGAUAAUUUGCAUUCCUGAAACCAAUAUGUAUACUGCUGUUUUCAGUCUGAUUUAUGUCACACAUUUUAUAUUUUGGUAAAAAAAAAAGAAAAUUGCUGUAAAUUAUAUUUAGUACCAAUCCAAUGUUUUACCUCAGUACUCAGAAGGUAAUGUUGUAAUUUAAAGAUUGGAAAUCAGCUGUUGACACAAAUUUAGCUUUGGUCAAAGAUAUCCGGUAGUCAAAAUACUGUACAUUGGUUUGCGGUUUUAGCAGUAAUCCUUGAUUGAAUUGAUGAAGGGAUUUUUCUUACAGUUUUUAAAUAAGUAUUUUAAAUAGAAUAUGCUCUGGGACAAAAUGCCAUUGUUGACGUAAUGAUGUCAACUUAAUUUUACUUAGAAAUAGCAUUCUUUCUGUUGAUUAAAUGAGAAUUAUAUCUAAGAUAUGCAUGCUUUUAAUAAGAGUACUGAUAUAUAACGUUAGAGCCACAUGAUUCACUUGCAUCUGAUGAGAAACACUGGCUUAUGAGUAGACGCUACCUUAAGACACUCUAUCAAGAGUCAUCAAGUGACAUCAUCCAUUUUCAGUGGAUGUAUUAUGUAAAUACAAGAGAACUGCUGUUUUUAUGCCACAAGGGGGAGCCUUCAUUACAGAGAUACAGUAGGGAACACCAAUAACAUUAUACCUCUAUUUUCUACAGUAGCAUUUCAAAAGGUUUUGAUAUAAUAGAAAACUCAACUUAGAUACUGUUAUUAGAAAAUUGAAAUCAGCUGUAAGUUUUAUUUUGUUCCAGGAUUUUAACUUAUUCAGAUAAUAAUUGUAAAAUAUGGUAUAAGAAUGCUAACAUGGAGCUCUGUUCUGUUUAACUCUGGAUUAUAGUCUGUAUUAUCAAUUCAGGUUAAGAAAUUAGUGUUGCUUUCAUCCUAUUUUACAGGCAUUACUUCCUUUUAUACUCUGCUAAAAUGCAAAAAAUGUGUUUGAUUCUAUUAAUUUUGUCUUUUUUAUCGCACUUUGGCAGCAGAUUCCUGUGUAGCUUCAGAUCUGAGUUGUCUUAUUAGUAAGCCUAAUUUAUACUUUUGUAGCAACACUAUUUUUAUAUAAUAGCAAAGAAAGGGUUCAGUGUCUUUUUUUUGUUUUUCCUGUGUCAUAUGUGGCAGCGCUGUUCAAUGUUUCUUGAAUACAUUACCCACUGUAGUAUGUGAUGUGUGAAUAAACUCCAAAUCUGUCA